ACAUGCAGAACCCGCAGGCGGGUGUGUUAUAAAUGUUUGUCUAAUGAAAACCUGCUCUGAAACUUUUUUCUUACCCUCUGGCAGCGCGACGAUGGCCCAGAUGUGACUGCAUUUUCAUUGGUGUAUUCAUUGUGUAACCUUUUACUGUUGUUCAUGGUGAAACAGGUAGAUGGGGUAGUUCUCCUCUCAGAGCAUGCGCGCCUGAUGAUCCAUCGCUUCAUAAUGGCGUUGAACACCUCUGUGGACUGGAAACAGCUCAAGUUAGGCUUGCCACUUACAGGGUAAAGUAGCUACGCGUGCUUCCUCUUAGCCUAAGAGAACAGCCGACAUUUGGCGACGCUACGCACUGGUUUCCUCGCCAAAUGACGUCUGAGAAACGAGCGCAGAAAUUCCAUACUGACGACUCGUCACUACCCAGAUCUGAGUAGUGCUUUUGAUUGGUUGAAAUACAUUUCCCACGCGGCACGACCAAUCAGAAACACUACCCAGAUCUGGGCAGUGACGCGUCAUUAGUAUGGAAUUUUUGCGCUCGUUUCUCAGACGUCAUUUGGCGGGGAAACCAGUGGUAGCGUUGCCAAAUGUCGGCUGUUUUCUCAGGACAGCUUCCUCUGACCGUCGUUUUCUUUUUACAGGGAUUAGUUGGUUAAAUAUACAUUUAGGUGGUAUCCGGGAAUAACACGUCACACCUUCAUACAGAAUAGGACAAACUCGAAACGCUCUAGCAUGGAAUAGAGGCGUCGCUCUUCGCUUCUCGCCGCUAGAACGUUUCGCAGGAGAGACGUUUACGCUUCAUCGACGGAAAUUCCAUACUGAUGACGUAAAUCAAUGUUUACAUAACUGCCAACGAGCAGCCUAAUAGAGCCGUGCGCAAUUGUUCCACGGGCAGAAAAAAUCUCGAAUCGAUAUAACAUAUAGUAAUGUAAGGCAACGUUUAUGACGUAAUGCAUAACAAAGAAUGCAUUGUUUUCGAGCGAACACGUGAUACAGAUCAGAGCAUCCUCGAGCCCUGUGCGUGUUUGCGAGUCCCGUGCUCAUCUCGUGUUCAUCUUCAUCUUCAUCUAUUUUUCAUAAAUUACUGUAAUUCAUGACAUUUAUAAACAAAUUGGUAAAAUCUUUGCUCGCUGACACUUGAAAAAUUUGUUUGAGUUUCUUUUUUUCUGGGUCUACUAUGGUAAAGUACUGAGUUCUCUUCGAACAAGCUGCAGCAAAACUAAAAUGCUUCUUCUAAACAAAAAUAUAUUUAACGAAUAAUGAAUUGUAUUAGUUCCUCUACAGUUUGAGACCGUUUUUUGUGUGUCGAUAAAUUCUAUAAUCGUUUGGUAAGAGCUAAAAUUGCUUAAAUAGUGUGAGCAAGGACGUUUAACAAAUAACAAAAAUAUGAAAAGAAAAAGAGGGGCCACAGUUAUGAUAAAUCAUUUUGAAAUAUUCAAUAACGACCUCUGGCUAAAAUUCAAGAAAACACGAGCUUUCGAGCGCCGAGUCCGCAGUUUACACUUCGCCUGUUGAAGAUUCCAGAUAAGGCGGUCGAAAGUUCGUGUUUUAAACGUUUUUAGCCAGAUUUGAUAUUUUAAGACACAAAUUUACACUGAACAGGGUCUUACAAAUGUUUCACAUGUUUCCUAGCUGUUUUUGUUGUGGUUUAUUUCAAGAUUCCCUACGUCAUAAAGAUGCAUGCUAAAAUUUGAAACGCCUGUUUGUUUCAGAUAAACAACUUCUUCAAACAGAUUUUGCGACAGUUACUUGAUCUCAAUCUUCCAAGAUACACCAUCAAGAAACGUCUUAGGCCGGCCAUGGACUUCCUAUCGCGUGAACUACGCAGAUUUCAUGGUGUCUUAUAUUCCGACUGUUUCAACAAACUUCUAGCUGAUUUUUGGUCGGAAGUAGUCGAGGUAAGUACACUAGGUAGUCUCAAUUUCCGCCUUUCCGACUCGAGUCUCUCCGAGUCUUCGGUCGUCCCGAGGGUUCGUUGCUCCAAAAGUACAGGGAGGCUGGAAAUAAGCUGUUGGCGCCUUUUUUUUGGUGGACAAGCUUUAGUUGUGAAUGGUUGAUGGUAUCCAAAGGCAACCAUUUGCCAAUCAUUGCUUGCAUUGUCAACCCAAUGGAUCCGAGAAAACUUAGCACCGAAAGCCAUUCCCCUUGCAGUUUAAUUUGCGAUGAAUUACUGCGUUAACAAGUCCUUAAUCGUCAUAUUUUCACUGUUUUUAAUAGAACUUUAGUGAUGAAGCCCAUCGGUUAGUGAGAAAGAGGUCUUUAGCAUCAGAACAAAGCAAACUCCUUCAACAAGCUGUGGCAGUAAGCUAUAUCUUUUUUUUUGUUGUUUUUUAUUUGUUUUCGCUGACUAUCGUGUUUCAUCUUAAUCGCAAAGAUAUACACAUCAAAUGAAAUGUACUGAUUUUGUUACUGUCAUCUUUUUUUCCCAGUAUAUGAUACAGUUUUUUCACGCUAAAGGGGCUGGAUUAUCAUGUGAUUCACUGGCUUCGCCCAUAGUAAGUUUAAUACCGCAUUGUCAUUUGUGUGACGGCUUCCUUUCUAUAGUAGUGUACUUACACAACAGGACGGCAGAAAGAAGAGGACGGCAAAACACUUAACGUGUGUGUGACAAACGUGACAGGGCUAGUACUUGCGUGUUUUGUCGUGAUCUUUACUUCCAUCAGUGUUUUCUGGUCUUUCACAAGAAGAUCUGUAUAAAGGAGGGUGAAGUUUGCCGAACAAGUUUUUUAAACAAAAUUAUUGUCACGCUUGUCACACAGGGUUUCCUUUUCUCUCUUCUCCCGUUCUGUCGCGUAAGCUCACUAACAGUGAACAGUGAACUUACACAACAGGACGAGAGAGGAAAGAACAUGGCAAACCUUGUGUGGCAAACGUGACAAUAAAAAUAAUUCAGCAACCUUGAUCAGCGACCUCGUCUAUAUAUAUCCUUUAGCCCUUUGAAACGAGGUUGUAAGUGCCUACGACAGUGCUCAUCGCUAAGGGAUAGUGAGGGACGAUCUGAUAUUUUAGGUCUGGAUUUUAGAAGGAAACGUAGAACGUAGGCAUGAAGUACUUCAUUUACAUUGAAAAAUUGGAAAUUCCGGUUAGUUUGCGCCAUCCCGUUUGCGAUAUAAUUUUUGCACUCUUUUUGGUUUGUUCAACUGAUUUGUAUAUACUUUGUAGCGGGUCGUUCUCCCACCAUGUCAAAUUUUAAAGUUUUAUCUUUAUGCAAGAGAUUACCACCCGAGUGGUGUGUGCAAAUGGUAAGCAUCGCUGGUGUUCGCGCAUGACUGUUUUAGUUUGUCUCUUUUUAAGGACGCCGUCGUGAAACACAUUCAGUUGUAUACCCACCCAACAAAUGAUCUCAUCUCUAUGUACCAGUCCCUUUACAAGCAGGUGAGUAACUACUGCCACAGACUUACAUACCCUUGACUACUACUGGUCAGGAAGUGGUCAAGGAAAAAUAAAAUUGAAUUGAAUUCAUUAAUACCUCAUGUCCUGUAAAAAAAAGGAGAUGCUGAAAAGGGAGAGAAGAAUAUUCAUGACCUGCAAAGGAAGAUGACGUUAACUGAUUUAAAAUUGCAAGUUCAUGAAAGUCAAGAAAUUUGUUUUAUUUCAGUCAAUAAGUAACCUAUUUCCCAUAGUCCCUCUCCUUCGCCUCUUCUAGAGCGGGAGAUAGGGACGCUGCAGGGGACUGAAAGAAAAGAGACUGUAGGGUAGAAGAAGGCAAUCGGAUUAAAAGAAAGAUGCAACAAAGGUCUUGAAUCUUGACUGGUGAAAGACAGUUGUUCUUUAUGCGUUUUUUUAGGUGCGAAAUUUGCAGCGACAGUUCAGGGUCGACGAACGAACGUCGUCAGUCAGCGUCAGUUCGCAUCAGGCUAGUCUCAAUGCCCCCGCAGACUUUGUCAUUCAGGCGUUGCGAAGUGAAUUGCACACAAUUCGGAAGUGCUUCUCUGGAACUCAACUUGUGGACUGGGUGAAAAUCUAUGUUCGCGACCAUGGUCUUGAUAGUCUGGGUGUGUGUAUUGGAGACACAGAGACUGAAACUGGACUGGAGCUAGGUGAGAUACAUGUGUCAAGAAGGAAAUUUUUAAUUUAAAGGGGCCAUGUCACGAAGAUAUUGCUGUUUUUGGUCAUUACUGUGCUGAGGUCGUUACUUAGUUCCUUCACACAUACACAAAAAUUCGCCACUUUGAGGUUGCGCGGAAGACCGAGAUGGUUGUCAAAGUGCAUUGUGGGACUGUUCUUGGGGACGAAUUUGCCGCCAUGUUGAAAAUGCGUUUUGAAAAUUUACUUCGGUGAGUUUUGCAGUCAUAAUAUUAAAACUUAAAAAAAGUUUGUCCAACUUUUUCAAGUUUCAAUCUAUGCUCAUCCGUUGCAACAGACGACAGGAAAUAGUUUCAAAGCUUAAUUAUUGUCUAAAUAAGCAAAACUGGACUAUUGUUUUGCCUUUUCAGAGAGGUAGCAAAAAGUGUCCGAGCCCUUUUAAGGCGAACAGAUUUUAGGGUAAUAUUUCGGACAACUGUGCUUGAGGAUAGUGCUUAGUAGGAAAUAGAAAGUGAAUUGGUAGAGAUUACUGGAACCUUAGCGAUAGCUGGAUGUUUGAAAGUGUAAAUAUUGUGCCACAUAGAAGACAUAGAACAUUUGUUUUUAUGUCACAUUUUAUGUCAUAUGCAUUGUAUGCAUUGUAGCCUUCCACGCCGACUUUCUUACACCUAAGUCUUGCGUACGAAGGAAGAGUAGUACUCCCCUCUCUCCUCAGUAAUUAAAUAAGCGUCCGGGCGCUAAUUCGAAGGGUAUCUUUAUUUUUGUUGAGGGGGACAAAGGGCAAAGUGCUGAGCAUUUGAUUUAUAAGCGAAGCGUCUUACGUAGACUUCCAUUUGGCUAGUCACGCAACAUUUUUUGCGUGAUAAGUCAAAGUUAUUGGUCAGUCAGUAGGAACCUUUUUCUUGAAAAUCCACGUCAGUGUGGGAUUCUGGGAAUUGCCUUCCCACUAGCUCCUCCGUUAACCCAUCAUUGUGCCCUAAGUGAGAAGCUUAUAUUGAUCCGAAAUUUCUUCUUUCUUCUUAUCUUUCAUUUUUCGUUUUCUAUAAAUCAAACAGUUACUGGAAUGUUAGCCUGUGUACAGACCACCCUCCCCUCAGGAAAAAUCGGAUUUUUUGUGAAGGGAGGGGGGAUCUGUACACAGGUUACUGGAGUAUGAGGCUUUAAAGGUAAAUGAGCAGACAUACUGACAACCUCGUCCCCAGGGUUCUCUCCUACCCGCCCUACGGGUACGUAGGGCGGGUAGGAGAGAACCCUGGGAACGAGGUUGACAUACUGAAUGCACAGGAUUUUUUUGAUAUAAGAGAGUUGACUGACUGUAAGAGCUCUGAACGUCCAUAUUAUUAUAAGCACUUGUAUUAUUUUCCCUUUUUUAAAAUGUCGUAAAUGUCAAAAUUUGCCAUACUUUUCUAGGUCAGUACCUCCUAGAGCAUGGAAUAAUUAUCUGUGUUUCUCCUCCGCCACGUUUCAACAAAGAGACACCAGUCGAAAGAAAAAGACGACCAGAUGGCGCGGUGCCCAACAUUCCCCCAGCCGAGAGGGGUCAGGUCUUUAUCGACGAUGAAGGAGCGGUCCCAGACAUAAGGAUCAAUAACAUUUCAGUUCAAACCAUGAGCAGCAGAUGUAAGUUGAAGAUAGUCUGUUCACUUUUUUUAAGCUGGGUUUAGUUUACUCUACGUUUAUGUCUUGGUUUCGAUUCUUCUAUACAAUUCUAAGGCCUAGGAUUAUAUGAGAUUGGGCUUACGGAUGCAUUUCCUUUUUCGGCAAACUAAAAUUCGUCUUUGACUAAGUUAAAAUCCUGUCUUGUACAAUGAAUAUACCUGAUGUUAACCUAGUCAAGGACACACGUCAGUUAUGUUCAAAACGAAAAUGCGUCCGUAAGCCCAAUGUCAUAAAAUCAUCGACCUUAGAAAUGUAUUGAGAGAAUGAAAUCAAGUUAGCAACUUAGAGUAUCCCACAUCGGCCAUGUAGAGAUCAUUGUCUUUCCGGGAAUGCCCUUGAAUAAAUUACAUAUUUAUAACUUUAAGAUUUUCUUUUUUCUCUAUACUCGCUUCUUUUUUUAUGUUUAGUACUUUAAACUGAUUGUCAGUAUUUGAGACUGCUUGGGAUAAUAUUUUGUUGGUAUAGAGUUUGGCGGCUAACCUUGAAGGACCUCGGGGGCUCAUUUCCCGAAAGACCCAGUGACUUUUCGGCCCGAGGGCAAAUUUAAAAAUCAAAACUUGUUGAAUAAUAGCACAGUUCCUAGCUCACAAACCGUUCAAUUUUGCUCCGUUAUCUGAUAGCUUCAUUGUAUCAUUUUCAAAGUUAUUGAAACUUUGAUCCUGAAUGCAAACACGCCAAACAAACAAAAACAGCUUUCCGCGCUCGAAAAGUUACCGGGACGUUCAAGAAACGGGCCCCCUGGUCCCAUUGUUACAGCGCGUUGUAUAAGACAGUAAAUCUCUGACUAUGUCUAUAGCUUUUUCUGGUUUGACCAUUUUAGCCUCCCCUGCGUCUUCUUCCCGCUCAGCGUCGCGAUCUUCAACAGUAAAUGACUCUGACAGUCAAGGUGAGGCUGAUGACGAAGGUGAAGAUGACGAUGGAGAUUUCUUGGGCAGCGCCAGUGAUAUAUUGAAUAGCAUGAACAGUGCUCCCUCGGAACGUGAGGUUACCUUUUACAACCACCCGCAGGCAUUAUACAAGUUUAUAAGCGAGGAAGACACGUCAAGAACUGAGAUAAAACUUACUUUAGGUAUUAAUGAUCGGUUCCGUUUACCAGCUAAGCUAAAGAAGAUUUUGUGUGUGCUGUUCACAAGGAAAGAUUCGGAUAGAACCGCGCGGAAUUUCCUAAGGGGUCUGCCCAUGGAACUUUUGCGGGACGCGCUUGACGGAGAAGAGGUUGGGUGUUAUGGUUGGGUGUGCCAAGCUUUUUAG